AUGGAUGAAAACAUGAAUGGAUUAAAUAACAAUUAUGGAACUGGAUUUGAUGAAUCACCAAAAAAUAAUAUAAAUGAUGAUGAAGGAAUAAAUUUUGUAAGAGAUGAAUUUUACGAUGAAUAUGAUAAUAAUAUGAAUACCCCACCGCAAUAUAUGUUUUCACCAGAAUGGGAUAAUCAAAAUACAUAUGAUGGAUUUGAAUCAGGAUGGAAUAAUUAUAAUAGUGAAUAUAAUGAUUUUGGAGAUCAAGUUAAGGUUGAAACACCAUAUAUUAGGGUAGUUGAAGAAAUAAAUGAUGAAUCAGAUAAUAUAAGGGAUGAUUAUGAUAUGUUAAAUAAUAACUCAUCAUUAGUAGAAGAAUAUGAUACUCCUAUUGAUGUAGAAGACACUAAUAAUAAUGUUUAUUCAUGUAGUGAUAGAUUAAAUAAUGAGAGACAAAAAAAACAUAUGCAAGAAGAUAAAGAAUUUGUAAAUGAAAAAUUUAAAAAUGAUAUAGGACAUACUCCAUCGUCAAAUUCGUCGUCAUCCCAUUCGCAACCCAUGUUUACACCGGAAACGUUUCAAACAUCCAAUAUUGAAUCUCCAGAAUUUCAAACACCCACUUUUGAAUCACCACCUGUUA